UGUACUUCUACUUCAAAAUCUGUAAAUAAACAAACAUGUAGACAGCAAUGCCGAACUGUGAAAUUCUAAAUAUUGCUAAUAAUUCUCUUUUUAAAUCAUUAAAAUGUUUCUCUAUUUCUGAAUGUCACACUGUAUUUGAGUUGGAAUGUUACAAAAUUAGUAUAGCUCUACAGAAAUAAAAGUUAUCUUUCCAUAUUUUAGAAUUUAUAUUCGAAGGAACGUUAAAAUCAUUCUAUUCAAAAUGUCUUUUUUAUAUUUUUCGUACGGUAGCAAUAUGCUUAAUCGAAGAAUUCUUAUUAACUGUCCGUCUGCAAUAUAUAAGUGCAAUGCAAAGUUAGAAAAAUACCAGCUGCUUUUUACCGGGUAUUCCAAUUCUUGGAAAGGUGCUCCAGCAACUAUUAUUAAGAAUGAAAAAGAUUCCGUCUGGGGUGUGGUUUGGGAGAUUUUAAAAGAGCACGAAGAUGCCUUAAAUAGGCAAGAAAGGGGAUAUCAAGAAAUUUAUAUUCCAGUGUGCAGUGAAGAAAAAACUUUAAUGUGCAAGUCUUAUCAGAUGCAGGUAGAUGAAAACAGUGAUCAUCUUCCUUCACCUAUGUAUAAAAAUGUGAUUAUACAAGGUGCUAAGGAACAUUGCUUGCCUUCAUUCUAUAUUCAAAAACUGGAAUCCAUUCAAGAUAAUGGCUAUGAUGGCAAAGUUGAAAUACCUAUAUCAAAUUGUGAUGUAGUAACUAGCAAAGAGAACUAUUGAAAAUAUUUAUCUAACUGUUAAACUUGAUUGAAAUUUAUAAGAAAUAAAUUUAAAUUAUGAAAUA